AAAAUAGGAGAAAACACACAAAAUCACUUUCGUUUUCUCUUCCUCUUCGUAAGCGUAUCAGCGUAUAUAAAUAGUCACUCAUAAGUCACACACAUACACACACCACUUAGCUUCUCAUUUUUCAUUAUUUUCAAAACUUCAAUUCUGAAUCGAAUUAUGACGAGUCACGAGUAUAAGGAGCCAUGGAGCGAUUUGAGCGAAAAAGUAGUGAUGGUAACCGGCGCAUCCUCCGGCCUCGGCCGAGAAUGUUGCCUGGACUUGGCUAAAGCCGGCUGCAAAAUCGUAGCCGCGGCGCGGCGAAUUGAACGCCUCCGAUCACUCUGCGAUGAGAUCAAUGGAUCAGGUUCCGACGUUCGAGCCGUGGCUAUUGAGCUGGAUGUGAGCGCCAAAAGUAGCGCUAUUGAAGCGUCCGUCGGAAAGGCUUGGGACGCGUUUGGCCGGAUUGAUGCGUUGAUCAAUAAUGCUGGCGUUAGAGGUAGUGUACAUGGUCCGUUGGAUUUGACUGAGGAAGAGUGGGAUGAUAUAUGUAACACAAAUGUAAAGGGAACCUGGUUGGUUUCCAAGCAUGUCUGCAUCCGCAUGCGCGACUCAAAAAAGGGUGGAUCAGUCAUCAAUAUAUCGUCUAUUGCAGGCCUUAACCGUGGACAGCUACCUGGAAGUCUUGCCUAUGCUUCUUCCAAGACGGCCGUUAACACUGUCACAAAGAUGUUCGCUCUUGAACUGGGGAUUCACGAAAUCAGAGUUAACUCAAUCAAUCCUGGACUUUUCAAAUCAGAGAUUACCCAGAAACUGAUGCAGAAAGACUGGCUCAACAAUGUGGCCCUGAGAACAGUUCCCUUAAGGAAAUGGAACACAUCAGACCCAGCUCUAACAUCGCUGAUACGAUACUUGAUACAUGACUUGUCCAAGUAUGUUUCUGGCAAUAAUUUCAUUGUUGAUGCAGGGGCUACAUUGCCAGGUGUGCCCAUAUUUUCUUCUUUGUGAGUCAAGUGUAGCAGAAAAUGUUUUGCACGGUUGGAAUCAAAUAUAGUCAGCCGGACGGUCAAGAGUACUUGUUUUUAUUUACUUUUAUGGUCCGUUUGGGAAGCAUGAUUUCAUUUGAAAUUCUGAAUUUGUACAAAAAACUUGUUUGAGAAUAUGGAUUUGGAUUUCAUUCAACUUCCAUGACAUUCAAAUAUUAAUAUAAACAUGAGAAUUUGAAAUGACAACUCAAAUUCUGUCAUUUGAAAUCCAACAUUUUAAAUGAAAUGCACGUUUUCGAACGCCUUCUUAGUUUA